CGACGCGAGUAGCAAAAUAACUUACUUCAGAGUUGUCAGUAAAGAAGCUUCCUUUUCCGGUUAUACUGCAGAACCGUCAACAUGGGAAAACCCCGUGGUAUUCGUACAGCUAGGAAACACAAGAACCACCGUAGAGAACAACGGUGGGCCGACAAGGACUUCAAGAAGGCCCAUUUGGGAACAAGAUGGAAGGCCAAUCCGUUCGGUGGUGCUUCCCACGCCAAGGGAAUCGUCCUGGAAAAAGUUGGUGUUGAAGCCAAACAGCCUAACUCUGCUAUCCGCAAGUGCGUCAGGGUUCAAUUGAUCAAGAAUGGCAAGAAGAUCACCGCGUUCGUACCCCGUGACGGUUGUUUAAAUCACAUUGAGGAGAACGACGAAGUUUUGGUCGCUGGUUUCGGUCGUAAGGGUCACGCCGUUGGUGAUAUUCCCGGAGUAAGAUUCAAGGUUGUUAAGGUAGCCAACGUAUCCCUCUUGGCUUUGUACAAAGAAAAGAAGGAAAGACCAAGGUCUUAAGUUAAUCUUUUUUUGUAAGAAUAAAAAUAUUUAAAAUC